GCUUCUGCUGCCUCAAGGCAUCGACGAGUCUGAAACUUCAGAAUUUAUGGCUGAAUGCGACCGCUGUCACGCUUGGCAACAUGGCAGCUGCAUGGGCUUCGACUCCCCUGAUUCCAUGCCACAAGACUAUUUUUGCGAAAAGUGCAGACCAGAUCUCUAUCCUGAACUGCUGAAAAAGCACGGCAAGCGUCCCCGCGGAAAUUCGAUCGUUUCUCACGUCAACCAGUCGCGCAGCUCGCGAUCCCACUCACCAACGUACCUCAUAAAACAACCCCCUAAGCGACGAAAUACCAUGAACAGCAGGGACGCCGCAUACGAACAAGAGAUGCAAGCCCUCAUUGAGGCGACGGCGGCAGAAGCGGCAGCAGUUGAGGCAUCAAGGGAUGUAUCAAGUCGGGAACCACUCGUGACAUCGCCGGCCGCGAUCAACGGAUUGGACGCGAAGCCAGGCGACACCGUACCAGAACCUGAGCCAGAGAUUGUCAGCGCACGGCGGAAGAGGAAGAGAACAGAUGAUGACAGCAAUCCAACGAAACGCGCCCGGUCCGCGUCCAUAGUAUCAGACCGGACACAUGUUACGAACCCUCAUCCCGAAGCAUCCCCGGUGACGACCACGAAACCUUCACUGCCUCCGCCAUCGACUGGAGGCACGUCAAAUUCGUCUGUAUCAAGGCCUGCAGCAUCGAGGCAGAGACGCGGCGGGGCGCGUAAAGCCCAAAUACAAGACAGCAUGUCCGUCGAUGGAGACGAAGCGACAAGCACGAGUCGGCGACAAGGCAAGAAAGCCGCAGAGCAUGGCACACGUCGCACCCAAGCGAACGGCCUGAACGGCCACGCGCAAGCAACAUACCAGUCCAACACCGCCGCCUCGCGCGCAUAUCACAAUUCCCACGCGUACGCCGUCUCCCAACAACCGCUCUUUACCUCUUGGAACCUCCCAGACUACUUGGCACACCUCGAACCCAUGUUGCCCACUGAAGUACCGCGACCACUCGAAGUCCGCGGUUUUGGGUCGCUCACAAACGGCGUCGAUGUUGGGGACCGCACGACGACCGAGCGAGGUGUCAAAGUCAAGUGGCCCGGCAAGCGAAUGAGCGUCGUUGACAUGAACAAACGUGUCCGCGCGCUAGUAGAGUGGGUGGGACGGGAGCAGGCAAAUGCAGCAGAACGCAGCAGGCGGAGGGAGGCGGUGGAAAAGGCACUCAAGGAGGCCCGUACCCGGCAAGAGGCGCUCCGCUCCAUCGAACCGGGCUCCGGCAAAGACAGCAACGCGACGUCCCCUGAUGCUGAACCUAUUGCAGGACCCGUAGACCUACCACUAGACAUCGCCGAGUCGAAAGCCAUGUCAAGCCUGAUCCUCGAGUGCCUCGGGCCAGAGUCUGGGUUGGAGACGAUGAAGCAGAUGGAGGAGCUCAUGGAGGAGCUGAUCAACUUUCAAGAGCGAUUUGGGCCAGGUGUGAAGGUGAAGGACAGAGAGCGGAGGACAGUGGCUUCAUGACCCAGGGUACACUUCGCAGACUUUUCUCCCUAUCUUGCUUGGUCUUCUCUCUCUGUUGUAUUCAUUGGCUAUUGGGGAUUUUAUGCUCUCGUGUCGUUCAGGCAGUAUCGUCAUUAUGCUUAAUGCGGCUUUACUCAUAUCAUUGUAUCCCAUUAUAUCUCACUUUACUCUCUUUCGUACAGACUUUCUAUGGAGCCCUGUAGUGCUAAGUACUCGACACAGAAUAGGCAUCGCGGAGGCGGGAUCUGUACGUAAGACGUAUGUCAUGAGGAGACGACAUCUGUGGGUUUCCUUUUUCGUCCUUAGAAGGCGAGUCACCAUAUGCAGGUCUCUUGCUCCGUUUCUCGUCUGCCCAGGGCUGGUCUGUCUUCUUUACCUCGGCCAUGUCUGUUUCUGCAACGCUAGAAUACUCGUCCCACGCUCCUGAGCCUAUCUCGUACCCGCGACUGGCCAAACACUUCCUUCUCCCCGAUGGCACUCCGGACUACCUGAGGCUUAUUUUAAACUCAAAAGUGUACGACUUUGUCAAGGAGACCCCACUCAUUCGCUGCGAAAAUCUCAGCGCACGGUUCGGGAACGAGAUCUGGCUGAAACGCGAGGACCUGCAGGAUGUCUUCAGCUUCAAGAUCCGCGGGGCGUACAACUUCAUGGCCAACAUUCCCAAGGACGAGCGGUGGAAGGGCGUCGUGACCUGCAGUGCCGGCAACCAUGCGCAGGGCGUCGCGCUCUCGGGCCAGAAGCUCGGCAUCCCGUGCACGAUCGUCAUGCCCAAGGCCACGCCCACGAUCAAGGUCCGAAACGUGUCCCGCCUCGGCGCCAAGGUCGUCCUACACGGCAGCGACUUCGACGAGGCCAAAACCGAGUGUGCGCGCCUCGCGGAGGCGCACGGCCUCACCUUCGUCCCACCGUACGAUGACCCGCUCGUCAUCGCCGGCCAGGGCACCUGCGGCAUGGAGAUCCUCAAGCAGAUCCCGGACGCGGAGGACCUAGAUGGCAUAUUCGCCGCCAUUGGCGGAGGCGGGCUCGUCUCCGGCAUUGCAGCAUACGUGAAGCGCAUUGGCAACCCGAAGACGAAGGUUGUCGGUGUCGAGACAUUUGAUGGAGACGCCAUGGAGAGGAGCUUGCAGAAGGGAGACAGAGUUACACUGGGGGAGGUCGGACCUUUCAGCGACGGUACUGCGGUAAAAAUCGUUGGCGCAGAACCCUUUCGAAUGUGCAAACAGCUGCUAGACGGGGUAGUGAAGGCCGACACGGACGAGAUCUGUGCUGCUAUCAAAGAUAUCUUCGAGGAGACGAGAUCCAUCACUGAACCAGCAGGUGCACUCGCUGUGGCAGGCUUGAAAAAAUACAUCACACAAAACUACCUGGUUGGCGCAAAUAAGCGGUUCGUCGCCGUCGUCAGCGGCGCCAACAUGAACUUCGACCGCCUGCGCUUCGUUGCUGAGCGUGCUGAGCUCGGUGAGGGCCGCGAGGCUCUCCUCAGCGUCGAGAUCCCCGAAAAGCCAGGUAGCUUCUUCGCGCUUCACAGCACGAUUCAUCCCCGCGCGACGACCGAGUUCAUCUACCGCUACAAUGAUGCGACGCUCGCGCAGAUAUACAUAUCGUUCACGCUCGAGAGUACCCAGCGCGAGAAGGAGGUCGCGGAGGUGCUUACGCAGCUCGAGAAGAAGGGCAUGAGAGGGUUCGAUAUCAGUGACGAUGAGCUUGCCAAGAGCCAUGCGCGAUAUAUGGUCGGCGGGGCCAGUAACGUUCCGAACGAGAGGUUGUUCCGAUUCGAAUUCCCCGAAAGGCCUGGUGCCCUGCGACGCUUUUUGGAGGGCAUACAUGCAGACUUGGGCUGGAGCAUCUCACUGUUCCACUACCGAAACCAUGGUGCGGACAUUGGAAAGGUACUCGCAGGCAUUCAAGUACCUCCGGGUGACGCCACCGACUUUGAUAAAUUUCUCCAGAACCUCGGAUACCCAUACGUAGAAGAGACGAAUAACCCAGUGUACAAGAGAUAUCUUAGAGGAUGACUGUAUACAUGUUCCACGGUGUAUCAUAAUGCUAGGGUUGAUGAAUGGAAUGCGCGAUGGGCUGAUCAUAACUGCCGGAAGUUGCUAGGCCAACCUGACCGCUAUUACUAACUACUCUAUACAAUGCUAUCUCUCGCAACAUCGAGAACUCGCGGCAUUAAACAUGGUGAGAAGAGAACCGAAGAGAAGUGCAGCAGGAUCGAGCGAAGACGGAAGCGGCCGCCCGUCAGACGUCCGCGAGGAUGCCGACGACGAUCUGCUUCACCGUCCUCCUCUCCGGCGCGGCAAGCUCGGGCGCCGGCUGGUCGCGCACGGCGGGGUGCAUGAUGCUCCCGAGGAUCUCGUCGUCGGGGCCCGCGCGCACGCGCAGCCGGUGCGAGACCGCGCGCGGGAAGACUCGCCCGACGUCGAUCUCGCUCACGUCCCACACCUCGGGCGCCGCCGGCAGCGGCGCCAUGAGGCUGCUCGGCGCGAAGCUGUCGCGGCUCGCGAACGCCGCCGUGCGCGGCGCGUGCGGCGGCCCGUCGUGUGCAUGACCGGGGGAGGCGUGGUCAGCCCUGGCCCCUAGCGUGGGCGUCGGCGUCGGGCCCCUCGACGCGCACCUCGACGCUGCGCACGCUCCCCGCCUUGCGGCGGCCCGCGCGGAUCUCGGCGCCGAGCCACGCGUCCUCGCCGUCGCCGUCGCCGCCGCCGUCGUCCCACGCGUGCACGUUUGCGUCGGUCGUGCGGAGCUCGUCAUCGUCGUCGUCCUCGCUGGACGCGGUGUCGCGCGGCGCGGCGGCGGCGACGCUCGCGACGAGCUCUGCGCCGAGGCUGCACCCGCAGAGCACGCGGUACGCGCGCACGAGCGCCGUGGCGUCGCGGUGCGCGCGCAGCGUGAGCAGCCCGCCGUCGAGCAGCGGGUGGUGCCGCGCGGCGGAGAAGAGGUCGGCGAGGUAGAUGUUGAGGGAGGGGUGGAUGAAGGUGUACGCCUCGGCGCAGUCGGGCGAGGAGGAGGACGGAAUGGGGAGCGCGGGUGGCAGAGGCUUCGUGAGUGCGCGGAGCCGUUGCAGGUCUUCGGAGGUGAUGACGUGGUUUGCGGAGGGUGUUAGCUGGGAGGGGGAGCCAAGAGGCAGGGGCCGCAAGCGGGGGGACGGAGACGACGGAGACGCAUCGUGCGGGAACAAAGAAGAUAUCUGCAUGCGUGGGGAUAUUGAGUUGAACGAGGCCGAGAGCGGCGUGUUGACAGAGGAACGGUAAGUCGUGUAGGCCUGGCGAACAGCAGGCGAGACAAUGACAUCUGCACUCAUAGCGAAGCGGUCGAGCUAUUUUGGAAUCAGCUUGGAAAACGGGGACAUUCCGAGGCCAACAUACCAGGGUCUCCAAGAUUGCAGGCCGUUCGUGUGGGUCCAACGGGCACACGUAAACCAUGAUGAAGUCGGCGGGAAGGUCGAGGAUCCCUUCGGAGGGAACAUUGACGAACGGCCCCGGGAUAACAUCGGUGUCGAGGGACACCUUCCGAUACUGCAGCGCUCUGAGAAGGAGCCUCUGCGCGGGUAUUUCGACGUGCUCCAGGCCGGAGACGACGACAGCCUUGGGCAGGCACGCGACCGGACGCGGAUGCGAGCCCGCCUGAUGAUGCUCAAUGGGUAUCUGCUGCACAUCAGUGCUCCGGCGCAUGCCCGUCGGAUCCGUCUGCAUGCG